AUGCGUGCUCCUCCCUCCACCCAUGUGAGGGAUGCGGUAAUUGGUCCCUUGAGAUCGCGGCGGGGUUGCAAAACCUGCAAGGUCCGGAGAGUCAAGUGUGGACAGGAAAAGCCAAGCUGUCUUCGAUGCAGCAAGACAGGCCGUAAAUGCGAGUAUGAAGGCCCAAAUUUAGGCACGUUUUCCUCCACACCUGCGACUCUUUCAAUUCUCGACAAGCCCCUAUCAUCGGCACCGGAUACAGUCUGGAAGGAGCGUCGCGCAUUUGCCUACUACUUCCAACAUAUUGCCCUGUUUAUCGGCGGGGGUCUGGAAGUUGACUUCUGGAGUACCAUCGUUCCGCAGAUUUGCCGCAGCGAACCCGCUGUGUGGGAUGCCAUCAUCUCCCUGAGUACCCUGUUCGAAAGCCCGGAGCCAUGUCCAGACAUAGCUUUUCUACGCCAGAGAGAUGUCCUUCUCCUCAACCAGUACCACCGAGACGCCAUCAGCUGGUAUUCCCGCUCAAUGUCCCAAGUCCGUCAGCGACUAGAGCGCGGUGACGGGGAUGUCUUGGUCGGACUGGUAAGCUGUAUACUCUUUAUGUGCAUUGAAGGUUUCCAGGGUGGUGCGGCACAAGCUACUCGGCUUUACUGUCAAGGCGUGCAACUCAUUGUCACCUUGCGUGGUCAGAUCGCUUCCGGGGUCGUAUCGUCAUCGAAAGCUGCAUGGUUGGAGGAUAUUAUCGUUCCGAUAUUUAUCCGUCUCGGGGCGACAGCGCUCAACUUCUCCACUGUUCCAGUCGGCGCUUUACUACCCGAUGUUCAGCAUGUAUUAACACAGGGGUUUACUUCCCUCAAAUCGGCUCGCGAGGCAAUUGUUCUCUUACUCACAGAGACUCAGCUUUUUCAGCGUGUUUGCCUACCACAUUUGCUGAAGUCCGAUGGCUUCCAGCCACCUCCUGAGCUAGUCAAUCAACGACUCGCUCUAUUUGGUAGACUAAAGGUGUGGCACGCUGCGUUCACGGACUUGAUGGAAACCUUGCGCAUGAAAGGGGCUUUAUCACCGCAGCAAAUGAGCACUGGCGCCCUUCUUCUCGCUUAUCACGAGAUGCUAUACGUAAUGAUCGGAACGUCCACAUGUCAGUUGGAGACCGCAAACGACGCAUACCUUCUGCAAUUCCAGAACAUAGUGGAUCAGUCUAAGUUCGCGCUAGGUGCGUCGGCUCGAUCAGACGGUUCCCAACCUCCACUCACGCUUGAACUCGGUAUCUCAAUACCCCUGUGGUUCACUAGUCUAAAAUGCCGAGAACCCAAGCUUCGACAAACAGCACUAAGCCUAGCAGGUCAAGCACCUGCAGUGCAGGCGUUCUAUAAAGUGAAUACUGGGGCAAGGUGGUCGCACACAAUAAUAACAAUCGAAGAAGUGUGUGCGGUAGCUAUGAAGUCAACUGAAGGACUACCGGAGUCGACGAAUCAACUCCAAUACUCACAUUGUGAAGACUCUGAUAUUAGCAUAUUCGGUUCAGAUCUUGGAAGUCAACCCAGCACUCCAGGACUGGAAUUUGUGCCAAGCCCAUAUUCGGUGGAUUCGGAUGUGGAUGCCGGGACAGCAGUCACAGAACUCGUCCCUGAAGAGGCACGCAUCAGACCCAUAAACCUCUUCCGCGUCCAAGACGGCUUCCCUCCGGGAACAACAGAUGAAGAGAUCGCAAGGUGGAGUCCUUACCGUGAACAAAGCUUUCUGCAUUAUUUGCGAAAUGAGCGUGAUCCAAUCAGUGGUGCUUGGAAGAUAGCCCAUGGAUUUACUCCAAUCGAUUAUUGA